UAAUAGAGACAGACAUGGGCUGCGGAUAGUAUCAUAACAGGACGGUAUAUUUAAGAGAAAACCGCGUGUGAUAUAUAUUUUUUGAUACGUCUGAUAUAUUUAAACGGAGCGGAAAGAAACUUCGCGCGUCUGCUUAAACAUAUGCACGCCUAUCAGCAACAUACUUUCACUAGAUUUUCGAAUUAGAUUGGCCGCUCGAUCGGGUUCGUGAUACUGUGACCAUAUUUUUUGCUAAAAUGUCAGAGAACGGGAUAUCAAUGUCUGAAUUGAAUAGAGACAAUUCAACGGUCAUUCCAAUAACAAAGGAAGCAACGAACGACACAAACAGAAAUCCUGAGAUUACUUAUGGUAUUGAUGACGCUCCGCCAUGGUAUUUGUGUUUAUUCAUGGCAUUACAGCAUUAUUUAACCAUGAUUGGCGCCAUCGUUUCUAUUCCUUUCAUUCUGACGCCAGCCCUCUGUAUGGCCGAAGAUGACCCCGCAAGGAGUCAUAUUAUUUCUACCAUGAUUUUUGUUACUGGUUUAGUGACGUUUAUUCAAACUACUAUAGGAUGUAGGUUGCCAUUAGUGCAGGGUGGUACCAUAUCAUUUUUGGUGCCAACUUUAGCGAUAUUGAAUCUGCCGCAGUGGCAGUGUCCUGCACCUGAAGUUCUCGAGCAAAUGUCUCACGAAAACCGCACCGAGCUUUGGCAAAUCCGAAUGAGAGAACUGUCAGGUGCCAUUGCUGUUUCCGCCUUGUUCCAAGUGAUCAUUGGAUUUGGAGGCAUCAUCGGAUAUUUGUUGAAAUUUAUAACUCCAUUGACAAUUGUGCCGACGGUUUCGCUAGUUGGACUAUCUCUCUUCGAAAACGCAGCGGAUGCCGCGUCUCAGCAUUGGGGUAUCGCAGCUGGAACAAUAAUACUACUGACGACAUGUUCUCAAAUAAUGGUCAACAUUCCAUUUCCGUUUAUAAUAUAUCGCAAGGGCCAUGGACUCCACGUUAUUUGGUUCGAAUUGUUCAAACUCUUUCCAGUUUUGCUGACGAUAGUUGUCAUGUGGAUAAUCUGCACCAUACUAACAGUGACCGAUACGCUACCGUUUGGUCAUCCCGCCAGAUCAGAUAGCAAAUUGAGAAUUAUAAGCGACUCACCCUGGUUUCGGGUACCGUAUCCUGGACAGUGGGGCGUACCCACCGUAACAUUGUCAGGAGUACUUGGUAUGCUAGCAGGAGUAUUAGCGUGCACUGUCGAGUCCAUCAGUUACUAUCCGACCACCGCGAGAAUGUGUGGAGCUCCGCCGCCGCCGGUUCAUGCGAUCAACCGUGGUAUCGGUAUAGAAGGUCUGGGUACGAUACUGGCCGGACUUUGGGGUAGCGGCAAUGGCACAAAUACAUUCGGCGAGAAUGUCGGCACGAUAGGGGUCACUAAAGUCGGCAGCCGCAGAGUCAUACAAUGGGCGUGUUUCCUGAUGCUCCUGCAAGGUGUAAUCAGUAAAUUUGGUGCGGUAUUCAUCAUAAUUCCCGAGCCGAUAGUUGGUGGAAUAUUCUGCGUAAUGUUUGGAAUGAUUUGUGCUUUCGGUUUGUCAGCAUUACAAUACGUUAAUCUCAAUUCCUCGAGAAACUUAUUCAUUUUGGGCUUGUCCAUGUUUUUCCCUUUGGUCCUGUCGAAGUGGCUGAUUAAAUAUCCGGACACAAUACAAACAGGAAAUGCCAUCGUGGACAGCGUAUUCACCGUAUUACUCAGCACCACUAUUCUAGUAGGUGGUGCGUUAGGCUGUUUAUUGGAUAAUAUUAUCCCAGGUAAUGCAAAAGAUCGCGGAUUGGAGGCUUGGGCAAAAGAAAUGGAAUUGACUGAUGGCGCGAUUGACAAAAAAAUUAACGAAGCGUCUGAUGCUGAGUACGUCCAGAAUACCUUUGACUUUCCGUUCGGAAUGAGUCUGCUGAGAAGAUGGAAAUGGACGUCAUAUGUGCCGUUUUUACCUACUUACCAAAAAUUAUAAAUGCGUUAAAAUUAAUGACACAACUACCUCAUGUGCAUACACUUGGUCUGUCGUAAGAUAUGAUCUUUAAAUUGAAAAAUGUAAAAAAUGAACAAAUGUGACACCACAAUGUUAUACAAAAUUUUAUAACACAUAAUUACUGUUCCUAAUCUUAAUUUCAGUUAUAUAUUAUAUUUGCUUUGUGUCAUUAUGAAUAAUAACAAUUUCUUGCA